AUGGACCCUGGAAAGGAUUCGAAGGACAGCGCUGGGCGCGUUACGCCAGCAGAGAGUGGUAAGGACGCGGGACCAGGCGAACCUGCAGGGGUGGUCGACGACAAAGGCAGCGGCGACGCCUGUGAUUUCGACGGUCCGACGUCGUCGAAAGAGUCUCAGGACGCAUCGCAGAGCCAGGAAAACGGCGGAGCCUCCAGGGAUUCCCGGAGCUGCUCACCCUCUCGCGAUGAAACGCAGCCAAGCGGGGAGGGCGGAGACUCCGGCGCCAGCUGGGGCAAGUCUGCCGGACAGGAACGACCGACUCACAAGAGGCGACUAGAGCACGCCUCCGAUGAGGAUACGGGGGUGGCGAGCUCCUGCGGCGACGAGGAAAGGAUGGACGGUGUCUCUCGGAAGAAGGCUGCGUAUUCUUGCCGUUCGGACUCGCCUUUGCGUUUACGUGAGCGGCGCACGGCGUCCGACAGUUCAGAAGAGGAAAUGGCGAGAACGGCAAGUGGGGACGCAGUCGGUUCUUCCCUUCCCGGAAGAUCCUCUCGGCCCCUAAAUGCUGCGGAUCUUUUAGCUGUGUCAUCGAGCAGUCGCUUGCCAGCGCUGCUCUCCAGAGAAAGAACAGACGACAAGGAUUUCAUCAGGGACGCGCAUGCGCUGUCGCCAGCAGACAGCCGUGGGGAGUCUUUCGGGAUGGCCUCUUUUUCUUCUUCGCAUCCACCGGCUCAAUCGGACUACCACCGCGCAAAGCAGUUGUGGAAUCUGGAGAAGGCCUUCGACGCCUUCUGGGCGGAACAGAAAAUGAAUGGUCGCCGCCAGGGAUGCAGUGUGCCGUAUGCAGGCCGUAGUCAUCCUGCAGGUGCCUGUACAACAGAGCGCAGCGAUGCGGCCUGUUCGUCCCCCCCAGACCUCUCGCGAGCAGAACUGGAGGAACUGUGUCGCCAGCACGGCGUGUCUCCUCGUGAGCUUGGGCGCAUCUUGGGGGGGAUGCGAAGCAUCUCGGGGAAGUCGCCAGAAGACUUGAAAGCUGCCUCCUGGACGCGCCAGCGUUUCCCGCCGUCUGCCUUCGCACCUCCGAACCUGUCACCGACUGAAGUUGGGGUGUAUCUCCAGCAACGAGCAGCCCUCGAUCACCACAAGAGACUGCGGGAGCGGUGGGGACUCGACGCUGGACCCGUAGGGUCUCAGGUGUUUGGCGAGAAUGGCGAGAGACACGAGCGUCUGACACAGGCAGAGGAUUUUCUUAGCUCGCAGCGAGACGCUGCAGGAAGGGAGGCGUACCAGCUGUGGUACAGGAGCCGAGGCGCCAGAGACUUCAGAGACGACCUUCGCACCGGUUUAGCGGCCCGGGAAGCCUCAUCUUCGCGACGUGGCGACUACGCUGCAUCCUCUCGUUAUUCGCUGCCCGCCCACCGGACGGCCUGGCCGUCGGCUGACUCCAAGCAGGCCAGCGGAUCUCCACCCUCGAAACUCAAUUCCUCGCUUCCGGGUCUCUGGAAUGUGCCACACAAGCCCCAACCGUACACGUACGCAGACGUGCAAGAAGCGAUGGAGGGUCCGGAAGGUGUCUUGCGUGUCUCGAGGCCGCACAAGGAGUUGCAAAGUGAAGAGGCGGAGGAUGAGGACGGCCGGGCGUUUGCGUCGCUUCCGAAAGGUGCAGAAACUCUCUUCUGGUCGAGAGGCAGGGGCCUCUAUUUCCUGCGCCAGCUGGAGAGAAAGAGGGGCGGGGAAGACGACCUCGUAGGCGAGGCUGGCUUCUGGGUCGCCGCCAGCGAGGAGGAAUCCGGAGGCUUCAUCAUCCACCGGAAGUUUAGCGUCGCCAAGUUCGGAUUCGAACACGCAAAAAUGCUCGCCCUUCGCUGGUACAACGAGCGCCAGGAGGCUCGGCGUGGACAACAGGGACUUGCCAUCAGCGACCAAGCAAAACCGGAGGGAAUGCCAAGUGACCGGGCCAUGUCGCGCGAAGGCAAUGUGGACGCCUCUCGAUUUAGGUCGUCGCUCUCUGGAGAGCCGAGCGACAAGCCGCAUGCAGAAGACCGGAAAAGGAUCCCCGGCUCACUGGCAACGGAGAAUCCGCGUCAAAAGUCGCGAAUCAUGGACACCUCCUGUCCGGUUCCAGGCGUGCGCUAUGAUUCUCGAGAUCGCGCUUGGCUAGCCACUUGGCAUGAUGGGGUUCGCCAGUACAAGCGGUGCUUCAGCAUCAAAAAGUACGGUUUCGCGAAAGCGAAGGAGUGUGCGAUUCGCAUGAAGAUGAGUUUGAACGCACAGACCGGUGGGUCACCGUCUGGUGCUCGAUCUUCCGGCGCGUUCUCCGCUCCGUUUCGUGGCGCUGCGCAGGAGCCUGCUCGCGACACUUUUUCUGUCCCGGCCGACUGGGCCAGGGCGCGUUCCGCAGGUUCUAUGGGCGCCUUCUCGUCCACCGUUUCAGAAGACCGCGAGGCCAACUUUGCACGCGACGAGGAACUUGCCAGCAGACGCAGUUCGCUGUCGGACUGUUUGUCGCUUCUGCGAAGUGUGCGCGGCGAGAGUCGGUCAGUUGUGGGCCCCGCCCACGAGGAAGAGCGUAGAGAGGAGAGCGGGAAGACGCAGGCAUACCGCGGUCUUGUCGAGAGCUUGCUUGCGAACCUGUCGCCAGGCAGUGACGGCGGUCGCGGAUCUCCUCCGUCCGGGAACCUCAGCGCAUGCAAACGGUUUCAGGAUCUUCACUCGAGACAGCCGCAUAGCGUACACCCCAGCAGCUCGGCCGCGCCGGUGUCUAUACACCCCGCGCCAACGCAGGACGCGGGGACAUCGCUGGACCGCGCGGGAGGUCGUGGAGGCGACGGAGUCCCAGGCUUUCUCGCAGCUUCCACGGCGUCGCGACGAGGCGGUAGGGAAGCCGAGAGAGGCGAAAAGAGCGCGUUUGAAUCGAGUCCCAACCCGUACUCAGAAGCUAGGAACGAGCGGCGCGGGCCUUCCCCCGCGUGUCGGGGUUUAGCGGCGUUGAGUGCGGACCUCGCCAGUCCGCAUGUCGCCGAAGAAGUCGAGGAGUUUCUGCGCUCCCUGUCGACUCACGCGCGGCAGGCGCUGCUGGAGUCGCUCCGUCGCGGGAGUUUUGGCGAAGAUGGAGAGCGCCUGGCCCUCUGGUCGGAUGCCUGCAAGGUCUUCGCCGCGCGUAGUCCCGAGUCUGCCUUCGAGGGGCGCGACGAACGGAGACAGGACGCGAAGGCAAGAGACGACGCGUCCGAUGCCGAAGAGAAACCCUUUCGCGAACGGGCUGCUGGCUUCGAGGAAACAACGCGCGUGAACGAGGCGGCUCGGUCGAGUGUCGCUGCGUUCGCCUGGGGCAGAAACGGUCGAGAGAUCCGGGAGACGGCCAGGAGCGAGGGUCCGAGAGGCAAAGAGCACUUCUGGAACUCCCCGUCGUCCUGCGAAACGCCAGCGUGGGAGCAGGAGAGCGGCGAGACACCCAAAGCAGGAGCUCUGACGCUCGAGGGUGGCCCAGCGCCCGUGGCGGGGCUUGGCGAGAAAGCUGGCGGCGAGGAACCCGAGAGGAGAUUCGACGCUGACGAGGCUCUGGACAGAGACGACGAGCUCGCAACUCCCGACGUACACGCCUUCACGCACCUCACAAGCAGAGAAUGGGAACUGCUCGACUACCUGGAGACCCUCGAUUUCGAGGCCGUCGACCUGGACGCAGUCAUGCCGCUCAUCAAUCAGGUUCCAAAGGUUAGAGGCGUUUGUUUUGAUCGGAAAGGACUGUACUGGAUCAGUCAGUGGCAUUCGCAACAGAAGAAACAUCGCGAGUGGUUUGGCGUCAAGCGCCUUGGGUUCCGCAAGGCGUGGGCACUCGCCGUGUGCGUCCGUCGCGAUGCCGAGAAGGUUGAAGACGAACCCAUCGACUACCCGCGAAUUCCGGACUACGAGGAGGUCUUGGGUGUGACGUACGCGCGCUGUGCAUCUGGUCGGUACUGGGUUGCGCACUACGCGCGACCGGCCUUGUCUCCACCCUCGCCCUCUGCCUGCCUGGGAUUCGUCGGCCGGAAACUGUUUCCGGUGUCGGAGUCGAGUUUCGAGGAGGCGCGCCGCCAAGCCGUGGCGCUGGUCUCGGCCUUUCCGCUGCCGCGCGCGUUCUUCUUCGACCCUGAGCGCCGCACAGCGCUCGCGUUCGAGUCCACGCGGGCGGGAGAAGGACAGCAGGCGAGCGAGAAGGGGACUGUGUCGAAACGACGUCUCUUCAAUGUCUUCACGUGGCUGAACGGCGGGGCCUCGUGGACAAACGUCCGGCGCUGGGCGCACUCGAAACGCAUGCAGCUGGCGGAGGACGAGUGGCCGCAGCAGUGUGUCGGCGUGGCGAGCGCGGGGAAGUUGACGGACAACUGCGGAGACCCAGAGAAAGAACGCGCGGAGCCCGAGCGAAUCUCAGGAAGCGACGACGUCAAGGGAGAAAGCCGAAACACGGGGCGACCAGGCUGGCUGGUGUCUUUGAGCGCCUCUCCGGCGACUGGCGAGACGGUGUCUUCGUCGUCGUAUCUCGGGUCUCAAAAGCCGUCUCCCCUCAUUCACGCCGAGCACGCGUUGACAAGGCGUGACGUUCUGGAAGAGCGCGAGACGGCGAGUCCGCCGGAAAGUGCGUGGUUCUGCGCGAAAGGCGACGAGAUGGGCCAAUCUGUGUCGCGGGCCGUGGACGCCUCGAGGGGAGGAAAGGCGAAAGAAGAGGAAGAGCCGGGCAUGGAGGGCGAGAGCCGGCAGGCGACCCUCGGGGCGGUUACACCGCAUGGAAGCGGUCUCGGCGUGGGGGCUUCUGCAUGCGACGAAGAAGGCAUGGAUGAGGCGCAGUCUCCGCUGGAUAUCGACUCCAUCGUGGCUGACGCCUACGAGAGCUUCUCGGAUGAAGACGCGGAAGGCGAAGGCGACGGCGCGAAAGCGAAGCGGAUUCGCUUGCCGAAAAUCGGCGGCGUCUACUACAAGCGUGACGGAAACUACAAAGCCUGGGCGGCUAGCUGGCAUAUCCAAGGCAAACGCACGCGGCGCUACUUCACUGUCAAAAAACACGGAUUCAGAAACGCGUACCUGAAAGCUGUUCGCGCACGUCGCGAGGCGGAGCGCCACGAGGGAAUCAGCGUCAAGCACCGCCACCACGCGCUCGUUCCUGGGCAACCAGGCAGUCUGCUGGGCACAAAAGCAGCGAUGGCCGAGGAAGCCAUGGGUUCUCUGACGGGCGACGACAGCCGGAUGCCCCGCGCCUCUGCGUCUCAAGCAACCGCUGCGUUCGCAGGUGACCGUGGGCCACGGGACAGGGCUCCAGGCCUGGAUCGCGCGAAGGCCGACGAGGAAGUCGAGAGGGGACUGACACUGGGAGCGAGUGAAGCGUUACGCGGAGAAAAGGCUGCCGACGGCCUCGCGCAGGUGGUGCGGCGAGACUGUGCAGUAGGCGGCGGUGUGGUUUUUUCGGGAAGUGAAAAGUUCGUGGCGCGCGAGGAAGGCGGGCAGCGCGGCGACGCGGCCGAAGCAGCGAGUCGGCAAGCGCGACAGGGAUGCAGUGGCGAGGACAGUCGCGGGGCGCCGUCGCGAAUUCCAGAGCGGGAAGUCCUGCUCUCCUCCAGUGAGGUGUCUGUACACCUCACGCCGCUGGAACGGGUUGCCAAAGCAAUCGACCUCGAUCUCGACGAGUUGACGGACAGAGUUUGGAAAGUCGCGCGCCGGGGCGAGGGUGGCAGCCGGCUCUUCCACAGAAGAACGGUGAGUCUGGAGGAAGACGAACUUACCGGCGACGAAGCGAGCUCGCGGAGCCCAGGCGCCCAAUCGAGCAAGGGCCAAGGUGUACCCCCGAAUCUCGAGUUUGCCAUGGCGAGGGAGACGCUUGACGUCCUGCUGUCCGACUUGUACAGCGUAGUCGUGAAGCUCAGCGGGGCUGGUCGCUGGGCGUCGCUCGCCACGCCUGCCGCGGCUGAGUCAGCGGAGCCGCUCGAGAGCGCGUGGACUCGGCGCGCGCGAGACGCGACGGAACGGCGGCCGCAGUCCGAGCGAGGCCGGGACGCGCGGCCUGGGACCGACGAGAUGGCGUAUCCCUCGUCGACGGCGCAGAUCGACGUCGUUCUGCAGGUGGUGGUCAUCAAGCACUACCUGGCGAAGGUGCGGGCGGCGACGCGAGGCGAGCAGAUCGCGCCUCUCUUGGCGCUCUUUGAGCCGUGCAUCAAGCAGGGGAUGAUGCCGCACCAGUGCUCGAUUCCGCGGCUCCGAUGGCUGGUCUGUCAACUGUGUCGCGCGUCGAUUCCGUGGCUGGACGAGAGGAACGUCCUCACCGACGCUCUGCUGUACAGACACCUGGAGGAGCUGGAGGCGGAGGACGAGAGUCAGGACGAAAUGGAUGCGCGCGCAGGCCAGAUCAUCUUCUCGGCGGGAUUUGACGAAGGGCGAUCUGGGGACGUGGAGACGCCGAGUGUGUUUACAGCAGGAGAGCCGCGACUCGUCGGGGGCUUCCGGACUGACUCAGGCGACGAGAGUGUUGUGGACAAGGACGAGACGAGCUUGGCGGCUUUGAUUUGUUUGCCGAAAAGCUGCGAGUGCGCAGAGAAACAGUCUGCGGACGGAGGAGAGGACCUCGGCAAGGACGGAGCAGCCGCGCUGGUGCGGUGCGAAUCCGGGGAGAAGACAGACGCGGAGCCGCAGUCGUUCCCCGCAACAGAGCUGGCGGCCACCAGCGUGAGCGAGUCGGAGGGGAAAGACGGGAGCUCCGAUGCGGAACGCCAGGGCGAGACAGAGGAGACGAAGCCAGACUUGCAAGAGUUCGGAAAGCGCCGCGAAGACGAGCGCGUCGCCACGCCGCGCACCUCCUCGGCGACCACGGCCAGUGGAGAUACCCCGGAGAAACCCAAGACGCGCGCGGGCGCGGGCGAAGCUUUGAGGCGCGGGAGUGAAAGCGGACCUGGGACGCCGGCUUUUCAGAAGGACGAAGAGGCGGGAAGCUCCGGGAUGAAGAAUGUGAAGGGCGAAGCCCUAGGGCCAGGCGGAACGAAGCAGACCGGCGAGCGACGCGGCCAGAGCUUCCCGUCGAGCGGCGGGGAUGUGCGUCGCUCGGGAACUGAAGAGACGCCGGAAAAAACAGUCAAGUGCGAACCAGAACCUUCAGAAGGCUGCAGCCGCCGCUCCUCCCGCUGCGGCACGCCUCGAGUGACAGCGGCUGCCUCGUGCCCGACCGUGGAGAGCGACGUGCCGGCCUAG